AUGGCUUCUGGUUCAUCUUUCCAAGAGGAGGAUCUCUCCUGUCCUGUGUGCUGUGACAUCUUCAAGGAUCCUGUUCUCCUGUCGUGUGGCCACUGCUUCUGUAAAACCUGUCUGCAGGAAACCUGGAAACAAAGGGAAUCUCGGGAAUGUCCAGUCUGCAGGAGAAAAUGUUCCAAAGAUUGGUAUCCUCCUAACCUUUCUCUAAAGAGCCUGUGUGAGGCCUUCUCACAGUCACAUAUAGAGAGUCAGAAAUCAACAAGCAAGAUAAGCUCUGUGCUCUGCAGUCUGAAUGGAGAAACACUGGAGCUGGAGGAUAAACAGCCUGUCUGUUUGGUGUGGCAGGAUACUAGACAACAUAACCACAAACCACUAGAUGUACAGGAUCAUAAGGAGGAACUCCACCCUGUGCUGAAGCCUUUACAGGAGAAGCUGGAAGUCUUUAAUAAAGUUAAACUCACCUGGAAUCAAACAGCUUGGCAUAUUAAGAGCCAGGCCCAGGACACAGAGAGGCAGAUUAAAGAAGAGUUUCAGAAACUUCACCAGUUUCUACGAGAGGAGGAGGAGGCCAGUAUAGCGACACUGAGGGAGGAAGAGGAGCAGAAGACUCAGAUGAUGAAGGAGAAGAUUAAAGAGAUGAACAGACAGAUAUCUUCACUUUCAGAUACAAUCAGAGCCAUAGAGGAGGAGAUGAGAGCUGAGGACAUCUCAUUGCCGCUGAACUACAAGGCCACAGUGAAAAGAGCCCAUUUCACACUGCCGGAUCCACAGCUGGUCUCAGGAGCGCUGAUAGAUGUGGCCAAACACCUGGGCAACCUGCAGUUCAGAGUCUGGGAGAAGAUGCAGGGAAUUGUGAAAUACAGUCCUGUGAUUCUGGACCCAAACACUGCUUACCGAUAUUUCAUCCUGUCUGAGGAUCUGACCAGUCUAAGAUUCUGUGCGAGUCAACAGCUUCCUGACAACCCAGAGAGGUUUGAUUACAAUGCAUUGGUCCUGGGCUCUGAGGGCUUUAACUCAGGGACACACAGCUGGGACGUUGAGGUUGGGGACAGUACAGUCUGGUCCGUGGGUGUCAUACAAGAGUCUGCCCAGAGGAAGGGAAACAUGAAGCCUGAAAGGUGGAUUGUGUGUUAUAGUGGAGGUAAAUAUGGAGCAAGUUCCCCAUCAGGGCCAGGUAUUCCCAUCACAAUGAGACCAAAACCCCAGAGGAUCAGAGUGCUGCUGGACAGGGACAGAGGACAGCUGUCAUUCUCUGACCCUGAUAAUAACACACACCUGCACACAUUCACACACACCUUUACUGAGCAAGUCUUUCCAGCCAUAGGUCAUGUCUCUAAAGUUCACCAUCUGAGAAUCGUACCAGGGAAGAUCUCUAUAAAGAUGGAGUAG